AUGACUCUUAAACGGCACAAAGCACGUGCCAUUGUUUCUAAUGUUAUUGGUACGUCACACAAAGAAGUGUUGGCUAAAAAACUACAACACAACAAAUUUAGCAUAAUGACGGACGAGUCCACCGAUAUCGGAACUGUGAAAAAAUCCUGCGUGGCGAUCCGCUUUUAUGACAAAGAUUCAGGUUGUAUUGAAAGUAAGUUUUGGGAGCUAUAUAAAGUUUAUGAAGAUGGAGACUUAAAUGUUGAGAAAGCUUCUACUGCAGAAAAUCUCUACAAUGGUGUAGUAAAAAGGUUUCAACAGCAUAACAUUCCAUUUGCCAAUAUUAUUGGCAUUGGAGCAGAUGGUUGCAAUACUAUGAUGGGAGUUCGUAAUUCUGUAGCAAGCAGAUUCCGAGAUAGCUGCCCGGGAAUUUUUGUAAUGAAGUGUGUUUGUCAUUCGGUGCAUAUAUGCGCAAGCGAGGCGUGCAAGAACCUUCCAAGAACUUGUGAGGACCUCGCGGGGAAUAUUUAUGGUUUUUUCAAACUCAGUGCGAAGAGGCAGGCAGAGUUCAAGGAAUUUCAGGUAUUUUUAAACUUGGAACCACACAAAUUACUACAUCCUUCACAGACACGUUGGCUGUCAAUGAUCGCGGUUGUUAGGACAGUGCUGGAAAACUGGGAUGCUCUAAUGCUGUUUUUUAACCAAAAAUGGCUUUCUAAGCGAGUUCUAAGUGCUGAACGAAAUCCAAUUCAGCGCUCCCCGGACGGACAAUGGCUCCCCGGAAAGAGCGUCCGGCGUAAAUGUGUGGGGUGGCCGGCCAUGAUACAGGUGGCGCUGUCAGCGGGCGCGCCAUACGGCCGCCUGUCGCUGUCCGUGUCCGGGGGCGGCGAGGGCGGAGCGGGAGCCGCGGCGCGCUCUUCGGCAAUCAGGCGCGCGCACAGAUUGGGCGGGGGCGCGCAUGCGCAGUGCGCGCCGCUCUGGCACCGGCUGGGCGCUGCUUUUUAUAUCCCGGCCGCCUCCGCCUCCGCCUCCGCUACAGGGAAAAGAUUCCAGCAGCACGCGACGCUCCGCCUGCGGCUUUCUCAGUCUUCCCCGCUCAGAAGCGACAGCGAACCUUUAUCAUUUAUGAACUAA